AGCUCAAGCGGCGGAAACUGCGCUUAGCGACGUCAAAGCCUGCUGAUUUUGCGUAGCCAUGAUGCGGAUAGCUUGGCUGGUGCUUGUGGGCCUGCAAAUCGCUGCAGCCGCUGUCCCAGACGCUACAUCUGCCCCAGCAGAACCUACGUCUGCCCCAGCAGAUGCUACGUCUGCCCCAGCAGAUGCUACGUCUGCCCCAGCAGAUGCUACGUCUGCCCCAGCAGAUGCUACGUCUGCCCCAGCAGAUGCUACGACCUCAGAGUCAGGGAUGAUUGACAAGGACGCGUCGGCGGCAGAAGUCACCGGGGUGAACAUGAAUGCGCCGGGGGACUUGGAUGCCUUCAUCACGGCGCUGCUGAUGAACAGCCUCAUUGUCGGAGGCUGCUUGCUGGGCUUCACGGUCCUCCGCUUCUACUUCCCGCUGAUGUACUGCCCGCAGCACGAGGCCGCAAAGGCUGCGACCGGCAAGGUUUCCGCGAAGGACGCGGACGCUCUGGGCAGCAGCGAGAGCACGGCCGAGGGCACCGAGGCGCGGCUCCCGAGCCACAGCUCCAAGGCCGCCUCCAAGUUCAAAAUCUUCGACUGGGUUUGGACCAGCAUCUUCACCACCACAGAGGAUGCCAUGGACACGGCCGGCCUGGACGCUGCGCUGCUCCGGGACUUUUGCACUUUGGGGGCCCAGGUGCUGGCCAUGGUUGGCUUCCCCAUGUGCCUCAUCAUGAUUCCGAUCAACAACACCCAGGGUGACCAGGAUUUAGGUGCUGACAACGAGCUGAGUUCCCUCGAGAUGGCCACAAUCCGGGAUGGCCACCCCUGGCUAUACUACGUGCACGCAGUGCUGGUGUGGCUCGUUUGCAUCGGCGUGCACUUCUUGCUGGAUCGAGCGCAGGCACGGUUCCUGAAGCUGCGGGUGCAGUGGCUCCAAAGUAUGCCGGCGCCGCGCUCCACCACCGUUCUGGUUGAGAACAUCCCCAAGCAGUGGCGCUCGGACGAUCUUCUACGGGAGUUCUUUGGAAAGAUCUUCAGCCCACAAGAUGUGCUGGGAGCACACAUGGUGAAGAGGGAGGACGAUCUGGCGAAGCUGGUGAUCAAGCGGGACAAACUGGUGGCCAUGAAGCGGAAGGCGGAGCUCACCUUGCAGAAGAAGGAGACUCGGGAGACCUUCCGCCCCAACUGCUGUGCCAAGAAGGUGGACACCCUCGAGUACUGCGAAGACCAGAUGCAAGGCCUCGAUGAACAGAUCGUCGCCCUGCGGGAGGAGCACGAGAUACGGAGGCAACAGGACCCUACCUGUGGUAGCUCCCACUGUGGCUUCGUGACCUUCAAAGGCCGGCGCUUUGCAGAGAUGGCGAAGGAUCUGCACAUCAGCGCCUGCAAACAGGAGUGGCAGGUGUCGGAGGCCCCGGUGCCGGAGGACCUGCGGUGGGGGGACCUCCGAAAGAGCCGGGAGUUCCGCAUCUGCAUGGAGGUCUUGGGCCAUCUCUGUGUGCUCGCCCUCUACAUUGGCUUCAUCCCCAUUGUAGCUUUCGUCACCAACUUGGCCAUGCUGGUAAACCUGGGCCCUCUGCAGCCGCUGUGGGCGGGCUUUGCGCCCACCCUAGGCUUGACGCUCUUCGUGUCCUUGCUUCCGAUGGUGCUCAGCUCCAUCUUCCGAACUUUCUUCGUGCUGAAGGCUGGGCUGUCUCAGCACAAGCUGCAGUUCUGGUACUUUCUCUUCCAGCUGAUCUUUGUGGUGCUGGUCACCACUGUGGGGAAGUCGUUGUUUGCCCAGUUCCAGCGGAUCCUCUUGGAGCCCGCCAGCGUCCUCUCGAUCAUGGCUGAGAGCCUGCCAUAUGCUUCGCAUUUCUACAUGACCUACUUGGUCCUCCAGUGGAGUAGACAUGCUAUGGAGGCCCUGCGCUACAGCCCCUUUGCCAAGUUCCUGGUCUUCCGAGUCAUCUUCAGCCCUCAGGAGGCAAAGCAGAUGUCCGAGCCAGAGGAUCAGGACUCUUUUGGAUUCGGGGCGCGGAAUGUGAACCUGGCGGUGAACGUAGUGCUGGGACUCCUCUUCUGCAGCCUCUCUCCUCUUGUGACGCUGCUGGCCAUGAUCGACUUGCUCCUCAGCCGGCUGGUCUAUGGCUAUUUGGUGAUCUACGCAGAGACCAAGAAGCCAGACUUGGGCGGAGUGUUCUGGGCCACCCAAAUUCACUUCAUCCAGUUGGCUCUGGUGCUGUACUCCAUCCUCAUGGUGGGCGUCAUCAUGGCGAGAUCAGACUCGCGGGCAUGGGUCGUUGUGGCGCCCGCCAUCUUGUUCUUGAUUUGGUCCUUCCUGCACCUCAACAAGGCUUACCAGUGGGAGACGCUGCCCUUCCAAGAGGUGGCCUUCAACUGCGAAGAGAUUUUGGACCACCAGUCCACCUCCGACCUGACCGGAGAGUGCUACAUCCAGCCGGAGCUCGCCAAGGUGAGCGCCAUCACCCAGAGCGCGUGAGCCCACGCCUCGCAGUGCAGAUGGGAGCCAUGUGAGCGUGCAGAGGUAGGCCUCCAAAUUGGGUGGCUGAGCCAUUGACACACCCCAGGAUUGUGGAAAAUUGGGUCUUAAGCGCGCACUUUCUGUGAUGCGCUUGGGACUAUACUCUUUCCGUG